AUGGGGAGAGGGAAGAUAGAGAUCAAGAGGAUCGACAACGCGACGAGCCGGCAGGUGACGUUCUCGAAGCGCCGGAGCGGGCUGUUCAAGAAGGCCAAGGAGCUCGCCAUCCUUUGCGAUGCCGAGGUUGGCCUCGUCGUCUUCUCCAGCACCGGUCGCCUCUAUGACUUCGCUAGCACCAGCAUGAAAUCUGUGAUUGAAAGAUACAGCGAGGCAAGAGAGGAGCACCAUCAGACUAUGAGCGCAAGUGCUGAGGCCAAGCUCUGGCAAAGGGAGGCAGGAAGCUUGAGGCAGCAACUGCAUAACUUGCAAGAGCACCAUCGGCGGUUGUUGGGCCAGCAGCUUUCUGGCCUGGACGUGAGAGAUUUGCAGAAUUUAGAGAAUAAGCUGGAGACGAGCCUAAGAAAUAUUCGUCUGAAGAAGGACCAACUUAUUUUUUAUCAGAUUCAAGAAUUAAACAGGAAGGGAAGCCUCAUGCACCAGGAAAACAUAGAACUAUACAACAAAGUCAACCUUCUUCAUCAAGAGAACAUUGAAUUACGGAGAAAGGUGUAUGGACAAGGAGUAAAUGAGCAUCCAACAAGUACUACAGUUAGACACAGUAUUCUGAAUACAGAGAAUGAAGAUGUUCCGAUCAAUCUUGAGCUGAGUGUGCAAAGGGACAAGUCAGAAACACCAAGUAUAGGGUGA